AAAACCUCGCCAUGGUCGACGCUGCAACCUCGGACUCGCCGAAGCGCCAACCCAACGGCUUCAUCGUAACAAUAUCGGCGAUCAUAGCUCUGCUAACGAAGGGAGCCAGCCGCGUAAAGGGGAAGCCGAAGCCGAAGCCGGCGAAAGAGGAUGAGUGGAAAAUCGAGCUGAAGUCGCCAAAGUUGCGACCAAAGAAGCUUCUGAGCAACAUAAGCAGCAAGGCUCUGUUUGGUCACAAUAAUCAGAAGAAGAAACAGAGCGAGGAAGAGAACGCAAAGGAAGAAUGGGGAAACGGCGGCGUUUGGCAGAAGGAGAUUCUGAUGGGUGGCAAGUGUGAGCCCUUGGAUUUCUCCGGCGUUAUUUACUACGAUAUAAACGGCAAGCAAACGGCCGAAGUUCCUCUCAGGUCACCACGCGCCAGCCCCAUGCCGGGUUAUCUCACUCGCCGCUGA